UGUCUUUUAUUUUAGAUUACUAUUAAUAUUUUGUCACACUUUGGAUUAUCAUCAAAGACACACACAGAGGUAUUAUGGCUAGUUGCAACAUGGCAUCAGCAGCUUCAGGGUUUGUGUUGUCCCAUACUGUUUCAGGCAACAACACAAGCACAAAUUCAUUAGCAUCUAGAAUCAAUAUGGUGAUGUAUGGGUACCCUACAACAAAAAAUACCAAUUCUAGACUUGUUGUUAGGGCAGCUGAUGAGGUUUCAGCAGCACCAACUGUUGAAGGUGAUGUAGCUGCAAAACCUAAGCCACCACCUAUUGGUCCCAAAAGAGGUGCUAAGGUUAAGGUUCUUAGAAAAGAAUCAUACUGGUUCAAUGGUAUUGGUUCAGUUGUUGCUGUUGAUCAGGAUCCAAAGAGUCGGUACCCAGUUGUGGUUAGAUUCAACAAAGUUAACUAUGCCAAUGUAUCAACAAACAACUAUGCUUUGGAUGAGAUUGAAGAAGUCGAAUGAGUCAUCUAUUUCAAUUUGUAAAUCAAGUUAUUACUACUAGCUUAAGGGUUUUUAUGUCACAAAGAAGAAUGUAUAUAUUACUAUAUGAUGACUCUAUAGUACUUUACAUUCUAUACA